AUGGUAAGAUCAAUGAUGAGUUAUUCCUCAUUCCCUAUAUCAUUUUGGGGAUAUGCACUACAAACAGCCAUUUAUAUCUUAAAUUUGGUAUCAUCUAAGUCAGUUCCCAAGACACCUCUUGGAUUGUGGAAUGGGCGCAAGCCCAAUUUACACGACAUUCGGAUAUGGGGAUGUCCAGCACAUGUGCUAAAGGGAAAGACAGAUAAGAUCACAAAUACAAUAUUCUUAGAGGAUAAGUAUAUAGAAGAACACAAGUCUACUUCUAAGAUUCUAUUGGAAGAGAUGUUAGAACAUGGUUCAAACAACUCAGUUCCAGAUUUUCGCAUAGAAUCUAAUAGUUAUGACUUGAAACCUCCUACUGAACCAAUGGUUGCUGAUGAAGCAAGUGAGCAAGUGAUGCCCACAGGGCCUUAUAGGCAAAUAGAACCAGGGAUAGUAGAGAACGAGGCACCCAUUGUUGUAUCUCCACAUAUCCCUUCAAAUGGGGAUAAUGAGGAUGUUGUUCCUAACCAAGGACAAGAUCAAAUAGUGGGAAGAGAGAAAGGACCUUUAGUCAAACUAGACAAUCAAGCACCUUCAACCAUUACUCAUAGUGGGAGGGUUGUCAGACUACCUUCUAGAUACUUGCUCUAUGAAGAAUCCUAUCAGACGAUCUCUACUGAGCAAGAAGAAGAUCUCACUUCGUUUAAGGAAGCAAUGGAGGAUGUAAACUUUGAAUCAUGA